AUGGCAACUGCCGCAGCAGACCAAGAGGCCGAGUACACACUCAAGGAUGUCGCCUCCCACAAGUCGGCCAACGAUUGCUGGAUGGUGAUCCACGGGCAGGUCUACGACGUCACAAAAUACAUCCACGACCACCCAGGCGGUGCCGAAGUCCUAGUCGAGGCCGCAGGCACAGACGCCAGCGAGGCCUUCGACUCGGCCGGCCACUCGGAGGAUGCCUUUGAGAUCAUGGCCGAGUUCCGCGUCGGCAAGGCCAAGGGCGGCAACACCAAAAAGCCCGCUGCCAAGGUUGUCCGCAUAGCAAACGUCCCACCGCCGGCCCCUUCGGGCACGAGUUCAGCGGCCAGCAGUUCAAAGCAGCUUGCUGCGGUGGCAUCUGUCGCCACCCUGAGUGCGGUAGCGUUGUACCAUGCCACUGGUGUCAUCUCGCGUUUGGACGACCGUCACUUCGUUUCCCAGCUCAUCCGUCACCUCACAAGAUAUUUCCCCAAACUGAAGCUCACAUCAACAGAGCAUCGCGGAGGCUUGGGCUUCAUCCAAGGCUUCGCCCUAGCAGCCGGUCUUGUCGCCGUUGCAGGAACAGUCGCUAUGAAGCGUUUCUCCAAGCUGCUGAGCUUUGGGAAUGGACUUACCCAGUUCCCCCCUCACAUGAAGGCGUCCACACUGCCCAAGCCUGAUCCUCUCCUCCAGCGCGGCUGGCUUGACCCCGUCCACUGGCAGACAUUACCCCUGGCAAAGAAGGAGCUCCUCGCGCCGGGAGUGUACAGGCUGACAUUCACGCUCCCGACACCGACCACGGUGCUGGGCCUACCGACUGGGCAGCACGUCUCCAUCCGUGCCGAGAUCGAUGGCAAGCACGUCUCGCGGUCCUACACACCCGUGUCCAACAACUCGGACCUGGGUGUACUCGUCCUCGUUGUGCGCUGCUACCCCGACGGCCUUCUGACUGGCCGUUACCUGGCCGGUCUCGAGGUCGGGGACGAGGUGCAGUUCCGGGGGCCCAAGGGCGCCAUGCGCUACCACCGCAACUCGUGCAAGCGCAUCGGCAUGCUGGCGGGCGGCACGGGCAUCACACCCAUGUUCCAGCUAAUCAGGGCCAUCUGCGAGGACAGAUGGGACACCACCGAGGUGAGCCUCGUCUACGCCUGCAGGAACGAGGGCGACAUCCUGCUGCGCAAGGAGCUCGAGGCCUUUGCCAGGAAAUACCCCCAGAACCUCAAGGUGCACUACCUGCUCGACGAGGCGCCGGCUGACUGGAAAUACGGCGUCGGCCACGUUACUGCCGACAUCAUCGCUGAGAGGUUCCCACCGCCGGCGCCUGGGGCCAAGAUUAUGAUCUGUGGCCCGCCAGGUAUGGUAGGUGCUGCCAAGAAAAUGCUUGCAGGCCUCGGCUUCCAACAGCCAGGGGCCAUUUCCAGGAUGGAUGAUCAGGUUUUCUGCUUCUAG